UUAAGUCUUCCUACCCACUUCCAUAUUUGGGGCAGCAGCAAGAAUUCAAAUAAUUCUUGCUGGCACUAACAGAUAUAUAUAUAUAUAUACAUACAUACAUAUAAAUAUAUAUAUAUAUGUAUAUGAUCGAAAUCGAGCAAUGGAUGAAGACACAAUUCCGGGCAGAUUCCCUCCGGGGGUGAGAUUCCAGCCGUCGGAUGAAGAACUGAUCACGUUCUACCUGCACAGGAAAGUGAAGUGCCUACCACUGCCAGCAAAUGUGAUUAAUGAUAUAGAGCUUUAUAGAUAUGACCCAUGGGAUCUGCCUAGGAGAGCGUUGUUCGGAGAAGAUGAAUGGUACUUUUUUACGCCGAGGGACCGGAAGUACCCCAACGGCGGCAGGCCUAAUCGGACGGCGGCGUCUGGCUACUGGAAAGCUACUGGGACCGAUAAGCCCAUUUACAGCUCGUCGAUGGGACCAACGACGAAAAUUGGAGUGAAGAAAGGGCUUGUUUUCUACCAAGGAAAGGCCCCAACUGGUCUGAAGAAGGAUUGGAUAAUGACUGAGUAUCGGCUCCCUGAUGCUUCCAGGUCCAAACACUCCAAUUCCAAGAGAUUGGACGAUUGGGUAAUAUGUCGAAUCCGACAAAAAGGCAACUUGUCAAAGAAUGGAGAUGAUCAUCAGGACAAACAUGAUGAGAAUCGUAAGGAACUUCUCAUAGAGUGUGAUCUUCCCAACACAAUCAACUUCGAAAUAGCCGAGGAAUUCUUUCCACUCGCAACCGAUAAAGAUAUUCUUACAAACCACUUAUUGUCGAGCGAAUAUCACGCAGUAGCCAAGCUACUCGUCGGAGACACUGCUGCUGCUGCUGCUGCCGCCACCGCAAAAAACUGCAUUCAGACAACAACUCCAACAUUAUCCUAUACUAAUAAUUUGUUCGAGAAUGAGAACAUUAAGAAUAUGUUCGAAGGCAACGACUACUCGAUCAUCAACCCGAUAAAUUAUGCUUAUUGCGGUAAUAACAGCAUGCUCGAAUUUGGCGCGCCAUUGCAUUUGGCGGGAAGCAUUCUGCAGUGAUGGAUAAAUAAAUGGAGUUUGUGUUCAAUAAGAAUGCAUCUUUGUCCUGAAUUUGUAUGUAAUGUUUGUUUUGAAUUUCAUGUAAUAUACACCAUAAAAUAAUUACGGAAUGUACGAUAAUACAAGGUGAAAAUAAAACUAUGUACAAUUUCGAAUACACAAUAAGCACUGUAUUGACCAUUUCUGUUGUAAUAUAAACAAAGAAUGGGAAAGUGGGGUUGAGUUUGCCAUACAAAUAAGGUCA